AUGUCACUUUACCAGGGGAAGAUUAUACUGGCUCCGAUGGUGCGUGUUAGUAAUGUGGGGUUUCGCGUGUUUUGUGCGGCACAAGGGGCAGAUAUUGUCUUCUCCGAAGAGGUUGUGGCGGCCAGAUUGGGACGUUGUCGUCGCGAGGUUCGUGCGCACAAUGACGAUGUGGGACUUAUGAUUGAGUUUGUAGCCUAUGAACCCUUUAAGAAUCAGUACAAGCGAAGUGUCGUGUUCACCACACCGGCACGGGCUGUAGCAAAUCAAACUAGCGAAGGUGCCCCAAUUGUGUUACAACUCGGCGUGUCAGACGCUGCGGUAGGUGCGGCUGCGGCCUUGUUGUGCUGUGAGGACGUGGAUGGCAUAGAUGUUAACAUGGGAUGCCCCAAAAAGUUUAGCGUUAGUAAUGGAAUGGGAGCUGCACUAAUGCGAGACACCUCCAAGGCAGCGGCUAUUCUGCUUGCCAUAGAUGAUGCCGUCAACGCUCCUGACAUGCUAACCACCCGUGGUCGGCGUGUGCCACUGAGCUUUAAAAUUCGACUUUUGGAAACGGCGGAGGCGACGGCAGACAUGUUGAUUUCCAUUAUGGAAAAGGUGGGGCCCAAUCACGUCCAUGCCGUUACUCUCCACGCCCGUACGGUAGACCAGACAUCGGAAACACCACCACAUUAUGAUCGCGCAGCGGAAACUGUGAAACGACUCCGCAGUCAUCCAUUAUUUAAGGAAAUGUGUUUUGUUCUUAACGGAUCCGUGAGAUCCCGUGAGGACGGUGAAACCAAAACAACACAGUUUGGAUUUGAUGCAGCCAUGAUUGCACGCCAUGCGAUGUGGGAUAUGUCUGUAUUCUCUUCAAAUGUUUCCUCGAUGGAGGGGCACAACGCUUUGGGUAGUGAAGCUGAUGAGUUGCCGUUUGCAUACACGUCAUGGAUGGAUUUGUACAGAGAUUUGCUGCGUUGUCAUGCGAAGUACUGCACGCCCUUCAAUUUUGUAAAGUAUCAUAUUACCCGCUCCAUUUCGUGCAUUCCCGCAAUGAAGCACUUGAUGGUUGCUAUUCAGCAGGAAGCCCACUGCUACGAGGAUGUGGCGAGGAUCCUCGCGUUACCGGUGGAGGAACAGGUGUCAAUGCGUGGAGUCGCGAGGAUGGAAAUGGUUUUGUGUGUGCCAAUGAGGGAAUUCGUAUUGGAUGCCGUGUGUCACAGAAACGAUGAUGCGGCAAGUGGCGAGGAAGGGGGAGGUGACGAAGGCGCAGCAGCUCCAGUGCUCAAGAAACAGAGGAAAGAAUGA